GCCAUCUCAUUCAAUGUCAGACGACCCUGUGAUUCUAACCUUAUUUCUACCCCUGUAGUCCGUUAUAAUGGACAUGUUCUCUUCCACGAGAAGCUGUUAGGGACAUUCGUUAGUGGUAAUGGCUUCGAGCGACGUCCCUCUCGAAUCGUUACUGAAUCCAAUCACUCCUCUUGCGUUCCUUCCUCCUAAACUAGCUUCUGAGUUUGAAGCUUCACGAUAUGUCUUUGCUUGUGUCCUUGGGGCAUGGCUCUGGGACCUUCUCAUGGGCAUACCUGAGGACAUACGCAUGUUCAGGAAAGAGCGCGUCGCGCUUUCCGAUGUUGCAUACGUUCUCGCUAGGAUCGCCUCUGGAGGUUUUGUGACGAUGUCGUUUCUCUUUGCUGCCGCGCCUUUGAGCAAUUGUCAAACCAUGAUCAAUAUCACCGGCUGGUUCGGAGCCUUUGCCCUUCCAUGCAACUCGAUGUUGUUUCUACUUCGCAUUCGUGGGGUAUUCUUCAAUUCUCGAAUCAUAACCAUCAUUUUCUCCCUGUUAUGGCUCUCCACACUCGCUUCCUUCACCGCUCCUUUCACGUUCACCGCAAAUAACAUCGGUCCGACCGACAACUGCAUCAUCACUCGUGUCGAUGAGCGCAGCUCUGCGGGAUUCUUCUCGAUCGGCGUCUUCGACACCAUGGUUUUCAUUGCUAUCACCAUCCGCAUUCUAUCCUUCAACCCUACUAUUAGUUGGUCGGAGAGACUUAGAACGUUCUGGAGCGGAAAGAAUAUGGGACGAGUCUCUCGAGCUCUAUUGCAGACAGGACAGCUGUACUAUUUGGUGACUGUCGGUGGAAAUAUCCUUGUCAUGGUUAUUAUCCUGAAUGCAAGGGUGUCUGCGACGUUCCAAGGGAUGUCCACUGUCCCGAACAUCGCUUUACAAAAUGCUAUGGCUUGCAAGGUCUUUCGACUCCUCAAACUCGGCCUCAUCAAAGGCUUUCCUUCAAACUUCACAUCAUCGACAGGAGAGCGUACCCGGUCGUUACAGUUCAAUACCACUGCAGCAUUAUCUCGGGAUGCCACUGGAAGGCGUACAGUCGAUCCUGACGACGGAGGAGAUAUUCAUUUGGCGACCUUCUCGAUCGGGAAACAGACGUGGCUUCUGAGACGAAGUCGCGGAGGUCGGGUGAUUUUGUCUAGUCGCUGAGACUACUCGCUAUAAAUGACGACUGUAUUGUAGAUUCAUAUAUUGAUCACGAGCAUGCCUUUGUGGAUUUUAGGUUGUCCACUGACUCUUGAAGGCACUGCGUGCGCGAUGUGUCUUCCGAGCAGCUAUUGAUAUUCUGGUUCGCAAUCCUCAGUUAGAGUUCUUAUCUAUAUGUUCGGGUGAUUUUAAAUAUCUCGAGGUUGAUAUACUGUCCACGAUGAUGACGCCAUCCUC